CAAACGAUGCUUUGCGUUCGAUCUAAAAUUCCUCCACACUUCCAAACCAAACCAAACCAAACCAAAAUCCCUUCUACCCCCAAAAUCUGAAGAUAAAAAUAUCCCUAAGCCCAGUAGAAAAUCGAAUUCGUGAUUUCUCUCCAGGAUUCAAGCUCCAAAGCUACAAGAAGGCAAUGCUGAUGAAGAUGUAUUAACGAGAGAUUUUAAUCAAUCAGAGUGGAUCAAAAUCAGAUGGACAAAAAUAAUAAGAACAGGACCGAUCUACUCGCCGCCGGCCGUAAAAAGCUACAACAAUUCAGGCAGAAGAAAGAUGGUAAAGGGGGUAAAUCGUCUGGUAAGUCCAGCAAACCUGGACGUGAUGCAAACAGUGAUGCUGCAAAAUCUACAGCAACAUCUGACAAAGUUCUUGAUGAAGAAUUGUCAGUGUCUGAUGCUGGUGAAGUUAUUACUUCAUCGGAGUUGAAUCCUUUAAAUGAUCCGGUAGUGGUUGAUGAUAAUGUUUCUAUUGUUGAUCUGUCAUUGAAAGAUGGUGCUGGUGAAACAACUUUAGAAUUGGCAGAUGAGAAGCUGAGAUUGGAGGAUUCUAAACGUGAUGUUGAAGAUGCCAAAGUAUCAGUUCCAUUUGAAGGUGGAGGUGUUACUGAUGGCCAUGCAAAUGUUGAAUUUGUUGAUUCAAGAAGUUUGGGUAUUUUUGUAUCCGAUGAGAAAUCUACAUCCUGUAAAAUGCAAGGGCCUGUUGAUUUGUCAUCUGAAGUAGAGAGGAACGAGGAAGAGCAGGUAACAGAUGUAGGGGCCAUGCAGGAAGCUGGCAGUUCAGUUUCAAAGAAAACUGAUCCAGGUAGUGAGAUAUGGACUCAAAGAGUGGUUCCUGAUGCUGUAGUACAUGAAACUGAUCGAAGCACCCAACCAGAUGAUGUUGUUGCAAGUCCAAAUGUUCAAGAUGGGCAGAUCAGUGAUGCUUUUGGUUCAUCAAGUGAAAGUGCUCAAGUAGACAACAUUUACAAACAGGAUGCUGCAGAGGUUCUUCUCGGGUUCGAGGAUGAUGGCUUGGCAACUUCUUUCAGGAACAAUAUGCUGAAAUUGCCUUCUAGAUCAGAUGCAUGCUCAAUUAGCCUCUCACAACUUCAAGAGGUGAUGAACGGGCUUGAGAAUGAUCAAUUCAGAUUUGUGUUUUGUUCAAGAGAAUCUCUAUUUGAGAAGUUGACAAUUUCUCUGGGUUUGAAUGGUUCAGAAUUCUUUAGUUUUGUUGAAAAACUCAAACAAGAGUUGUAUCUUUCGAGUUUUGCAAGAGAUGCAAGUCAAAUGCAACUUUGUGAGCAGUUGGAACUUGAAAUGCAACUUCAUAAUCAAUUUGAGAAGCUGGUUGAUGAAUUAUCUGUAUCCAGUACUACAAUUCGUGAAGUUCAAGGACAGAAUGCAAUCCUUUCUGAAGAGCUGAAACAGUGUCGAUCUGAAUGUCACGAGUUUAGUUCUGAAAGGGAGAAACUCAGUCAACAAUUGCAUGCUUCAAAGGCUGAAGUUGAGGAAUUUUCAGCCCGAGUUGAUAACUUGCAGAAUAGGUUGGAAAUUUCAGGAGGCAAUAUGUCAAGCCUGGCAUCAGAGUUAGCUGACGGCAGGAAUUUAGUGGCAUCUUUGCAAGUCCAAAAUGAAAAUUUAAAUGGGAUGCUUAGUUUGGUGAUGGAGGAGAAAAUGAAAGUUGUUGAAGAUAAGGAGAAUUUCUUACAAGAGAAUAACAAGAUGGCAGCAGAGUUGGCCCAGAGCAAAGCUUCAUUGGCAUCACUGCAAUUGGCAAAUGUCAACUUAAGUGAGUGUCUUGCAUCAAUAAAAGAGGAGACGAGAAAGUUUGAUGAGGAAAAGGAGUUUCUUGCCUGUGAAAAUGGUAAAUUGCUCUCAGACUUGUCAGAUUCCAAUGCCUUGGUUCAGUCUCUGCAAGCUGAAAAUGCAAGUUUGAGUGGCCUCCUUGCUGCUUUAGAGGAUGAGAAAAGAAAGCUACAUGUGGCACAAGAAUAUUUGGUCCAGGAGAACGAGAAGCUAGCAUUGAAUAUUGUUGACAGCAGGAUUCUAGUAGAUGGCCUUCAGAUGGAGUUGUCAGACAUAACUGGAAGUCUUGCAUCAUUGAUUGAGGAGAGGAACAAGCUUGAGGAAGAGAAGCAACAUCUUUCAAGCAAGAAUGAGAGUGGAUCACGUGAGCUGCUGGAGUCUAAGAGUGUAUUAGCAGGCUUGCAGAUAGAAUUCAGCAAGGCCAUAAGAGACCUAGAAGAAGCGAACUUGCAUGUUGAAAAACUCAGCCAGGAAAAUGUACUUUUGAGAACAAAUAUUGAGCUGCAUAUUGCUGAGAUGUCUAGUCCUGAGGAUACUGCUUAUCAAGUAAAAGAUACCGGUGGACAGAUCAUAGCUAGUGAUGAUAUUUCAUCUCAAAUUCCAAGGACUGAAGAAAGUCAAACUGCAAUCUCAGAGUUCAGAAGGACCUCAUCUGAAAGUGCUCCUCAUGGAUCACUUCCUAGACAGAUUGUUAUGGGUGAUCCUGAUGUGUCAUCGGGGUCAGCAUUUUGGAAAAUGCACCUGGAGGCAAAUGAAGUACUGCAAAAACUUGAGAAUGCAAUUGAAGGCAUGCACUCAAUUUUGGCUUCCUUAAGUAGUUCAAGCGGUAAAUAUGUUCAGUCAGGAGUAUCAAAACUUAUUCAAGCUUUUGAAACAAAAACUCAUGCUGAUGACGAUGAAAUAGAUGAAGUGCCAUCAUCUGAAAGUGCAGAAACUAGGCAUCUAUUCAUGCAAGCUAAACAACAAACAAAAAGCCUGCAAGUUGUUCUUAAGCAGAUGCUUCUGCUAGCUGAAAGUGCCAGUAAAUCUUUUGAAGGCGAGAGAAAGAGUAGAAUAUCUGCUGAGUUUUUGAACACACAGCUUGUGGCUUCCUGUGAGUCCUUGAAGAGUCAUUGUAUCCAUUUCGAAGCAGAAAACAUUGAGCUUGUGGUUCUAUGUGAAGCUCUAAAGCAGCAUAUCUGCAACUCUAAAACUAGUAUUUCCGAUAAUAUUCAGCUUAAAGACAAGGUGGGGAGCUUGGAAGCCAAAAUUAGUGAAUUCCAGAGCAAUUUGGAUGAGAUAUGCGAAAGUUCGGAUCAAAUGGUUUCUUCUUUCUUUAAUCAAGUUGAAAUGCUUCAGAAGGAAGUUGGUGAUAGGGGAUUGCUAAUUGACAAGGAAUGGAACUCUUUUGUUGAUCAGAUAGUUGUGGAAGUCAGGAAGCUUGAUAUGUCAAUUGAGACCUUAUGUUCCUUUACUUUGUCAAAUGACUGCCAAAAAAAUCUUGAUGUAGGUAGUAGGAUUGCUGCUUCGGUUAAUGCUGCCAUUAAAGCAAUUGAAGGUCUGCACGAACAGCUCAAGUGCACUGAGAGAGACCAUCAAGCUAUUUUGAGUGCUUACUCCGAAUUGAAUAUGAAGUUCAACAAUCUGCAAGAAAAAAAUGAACUUUUUAUCAAUGUUUUGGACAAGAACUACCGAAAGCUCAGGAGGGUUGUUGAAUCAUGUGGUCAUGUGGAAGGAACAACAACGGGCGUAAAUAAUGAGAACCUACUAGAUCCUGGUCUUUUCAAUGACCUUUUGGAAAAGAUGCUUGAUGAAAAAUUGCUACUUAAAUCUGCUAAUGACAAGCUCAAUUCACAUCUGGUGGAUCAAGUAAGAGAAAUUGAUGAACUGAAAAGAAGAUCUUUCCAUCUAGAUGCUAUUCUAGAAUUGUUUCAGAAUGUUAAAGAAGAAUUUAUGUUGGGUAGCUUCAAUGUGAAUAUUGCUGAUCCUGUGCCAGGCCUAGAGUCUUUUGUCUACAUUCUCAUUCAGAAAUACAAGGAAGCUAAGGAGCAGGUAAGCCUGGCCCAGGAAAAGCCUGAUUUGAAUGAGCUGCAGUUGGGUUAUUUUCAGGAAGAGCUGGAUUACUUGACUUUCAUACUUGUUCAAUAUGAAAAUGAAAACCUUGUUUUGAAAGAAAGUUGGAAGACUGUCAACAAGGAUAUUCCUGCUUUUCAAGCAGAACUAUUGGAGAGAAUUGCUGAACUAGAACAGUCAGAGCAUCGGGUUUCAUCUCUUAGGGAGAAGCUCAGCAUAGCUGUUACAAAGGGGAAGGGUUUGAUUGUGCAGCGUGACAAUCUCAAGCAAUCCCUUGCAGUGACAUCUAAUCAAUUGGAAAAAUGCUCACAGGAUUUGCAGUUAAAAGAUGUUGUGAUUCAUGAGCUUGAAACAAAACUUCAGAAUUAUUCUGAGGCUGGUGAGCGCAUGGAAGCCCUAAAAUCUGAGCUCGCAUACAUCCGUAAUUCUGCUACUGCAUUGCGAGAAUCAUUUCUUCUUAAGGAUUCUAUUCUUCAGAGAAUUGAAGAGAUUUUAGAAGAUCUUGAACUGCCUGAGCACUUUCACUCCAGAGAUAUCAUUGAAAAGGUUGAUUGGUUAGCCAAGUCAAUCACUGCAAACACACCUCCUCCUACUGAUUGGGAUCAGAAAAGCCCUGUUGGAGGAGAGUGCUAUUCUGAGAGUGGAUUUGCAAGUGUUGAUGGCUGGAAAGAAGAGACACAACCAAAUCAAGAUUUGGCUGAUGACUUCAGAAGAAGAUAUGAAGAGCUCCAAGGUAAGUUUUAUGGGCUGGCAGAGCAUAAUGAGAUGCUUGAACAAUCUUUAAUAGAAAGGAACAACCUUGUGCAGCGGUGGGAGGAUAUUCUUGGAAAGAUUGAAAUGCCUCUACAGUUGCGGUCAUUGGAGCCAGAGGAUAGGAUUCAAUGGUUGGGAGGUGCUCUUUUGGAUGCUCAGAACCAUUGUAAAUCUCUCCAGCAGAGGAUUGACUACUUGGAUGCACUUAAUGGAUCAUUAACUGGUGAUCUGGAAGAGUCACAGAGUAGGAUUUCUGAACUUGAAUCAGCUUACCAUUCUAUUAUUGUGGAGAAAGAGUGUCUUCUGAAGAAUUUGGAAACUAUUACUGAUGAUUAUUAUGAAAGCUCAGAGAAGGCAUCACAGUUGGAAAUUGAAAAUGAGAAGCUGCUGAAGCAAGUGACUUGUUUGCAAGAGAAAUUGGAUCAGAAGCUUGUAGAUGAGGAGCAUUUAAAUCAUGUUGAAGCUGAGCUGAGAAGAUUGCAGGAUUUGAUUCAUAAUGUUCUUCAGGAUUCUGUCACAGAUGAUUUAGAAUUUGGUUCCAACAAUAUGGAAUAUCUGGAACAUUUGCUGAGAAAACUUAUUGACAAAUAUUCAACGCUUUUGGUUGGUAAUCUGGUUGCUGAUGGGCAUGUCAAUGAAAAGGCUAGUGUUACUGAUCAUGAAGAGCAAACUAGAGAUUCUGGAGUAACUGAGGAUGUAGCAGCCCUCAACAAAAAGCUGGAGGAUACGCUGGCUGAAGUGGUACAUUUGAAGGAGGAGAGAGACAGUUACUCGGAGAAGAAUCAGAAUUUGGUUACUGAAGUUGAAGAAUUGGAUGCAAAAAGGAAAGAACUGCAGGAGCUUCUUAAUCAUGAAGAACAGAAGUCAGCUUCUUUAAGAGAGAAAUUAAACAUUGCCGUCAAAAAGGGAAAGUCUUUGGUUCAACAGAGAGACAAUCUGAAACAAAUAAUUGAUGAAGUAAAUGCUGAGGUUGACCGACUUAAAUUUGAGGUCAGUCAGCGUGAAAAUUCUAUUGCUGAAUAUGAGCAGAGAAUCAUGAACUUGUCUAUGAGCCAUGAAAGGAUAAAAAAUGUUGAAGCAGAGUGUGCGUCCCUGAGGGACCGUUUAUCAGACAGUGAACACUGCCUGCAUGAGAAAGAAUAUAUGUUGAGCCUGAUAUUGGAAAGUUUGAAGGUUAUUGAUGUUGGUUUUGACUCUGGAAAUCCUGUUCAAAAGCUUGAAGCAAUUGGAAAAAAAUACCUUGAUUUAAAUGCUGCUUUGGAUUCUUCUUUGCAAGAAUCGCGGAAAUCUAAAAGAGCAGCUGAGCUACUGCUUGCAGAGUUAAAUGAGGUUCAAGAAAGAAAUGAUGCCCUUCAAGAAGAUCUUGCGAAGGUUGCUAGGGAGCUAUCAGAAGUUUCUCGAGAGAAGGAGUUCUCUGAAGCUGCAAAAUUUGAAGCUCUUGCACAUGUUGAGAAGUUGUCUGCUGUUCAAUCUGAAGAAAAGGACCACCUCUUGGCUGAAGUCUCAAUCUUAAGGUCUAGUGUGGAUCAAAUGCAGGAGGAGAUUUCUACUGUUAAUAGUUCACUUGCUGAAGUUCUCUCCAAGGAUUUGGAGAUUCUGCAAAAUCUGGAGGCGAGCAUUAAGUCAUGCCUAGAAUCACCUAGUGCUCCUAGCACAGAUGCAAGGUCAGCUAUUGAUGCUUUUGCUGGGAUAGCUGUUGGUGAUUCGGGCAGUAUAACCUUCCCUAAAUCUCAAAACAAGGUUCCUACAACAGAAAUUGGUUUUAUUAAAGAACUAUUGCAGAGACACCACAACUCAAUACAGGAACAAGCCAGCCAUAUAUUUGAAAUAGUUAAGGGUUUAUACACUGAGGUUUCCUCUCUAAAAGAGUCCUCUGAAUAUGGUGAGAGAAAUCUUCACCAGAUAAAAUCCAUUUUGAAGGACAAAGAUUCGGAGUUGUUUGUUGCACAUAGGAAUAUUUCAUUGCUUUAUGAAGCGUGCACUCUUUCAAUUGUGGAGAUUGAGAACAGGAAAUCUCAGCAGGAUGGGAUUGAUUUCUCUUCCAAGGCUCCAUGGGUUGACUUGAAUUCUCAAACUUCUGUUGGAGGAAAUACUUCUACUGAAGAGAAUAUUCUGUCUUCCGAGGAAGUUAUUAUGUCAGUGAGAGAGAAAUUGUUCUCUGUUGUAAAGGAUCUCAUCAGUAGGCAAAAUGAGAUUUUAGAAGAUAGACAAAUGGAAUGGAAGACUAUUGUAAGUAACUUGCAGAAAGAACUUCAUGAGAAGGAUAUCCAGCGAGAGAGAAUAAGUACUGAGCUUGUUAGUCAGAUCAAGGAUGCUGAAGUCAUAGCAAAGAAUUACUUGCAAGAUCUUCGAUCUGCAACAACUAAGGCAGAUGAUCUGCAGAUUCAGGUAAAUGGCAUGGAGGAGGAGCAUAGUAUGUUGAAGAAAAGAGUCAAAGAAUUAGAAUAUCAGGAAACUGUCUCUGCAGACUUGCAGCAGAGAGUUGCCUCACUGACAGAUGCCCUGGCUGCGAAAGAUCAAGAAAUUGAGGCACUCAUGCAAGCACUUGAUGAGGAGGAGUCUCAGAUGGAAGGCCUUUCUAACAAAAUUCUGGAGCUAGAAAGUGAUUUGCAGAAAAAGAAUCAAGACUUGGAGAACCUUGAAGCUUCUCGAGGAAGGGUUUUGAAGAAGCUUUCUGUCACUGUCAGCAAGUUUGAUGAGCUUCAUCAUCUAUCAGAAAACCUUCUCUCUGAGGUUGAGAAGCUUCAGUUGCAAUUACAAGAACGGGAUGGAGAGAUAUCUUUCUUAAGGCAAGAAGUUACUAGGUGCACCAAUGAAGCACUUACAGCAACCCAGAUGAGCAACAAAAGGAACCCUGAUGAAGUCCUUGAACUCUUGACAUGGCUAGACACGACAGUUUCUCGAGUUCAGGUGCGGGACAUGCCUUCUAGUGAUGCUGAGACUAACCAAGUUCGUGAACACAAAGAGCUACUGCAAAAGCAGAUUGAAUCCAUUGUAUCAGAGUUGGAGGAACUUCGGACAGUGGCGCAAAAUAGAGAAUUGUUGUUGAAAGGAGAGAGGAGUAGAGUAGAAGAAUUGAUCCGGAAAGUAGAGUUUCUUGAAAAUGCACUGCUUGAGAAAGAUUCUCAAUUAACCAUGGUUAGACAUGUAGGCGAUUCAGGACAGGCAACAAGUCCAAAAUCUGAAAUUGUGGAAGUUGAAUCAUUGAUUAACAAAAGGGCUGGAAGCGCUGCCCCUCAAGUUCGAGGUGGACGCAAAACCAAUAGUGAUCAAGUUGCUAUUGCUAUAGAUAUGGAUCCUGUUAGUGGGAUAGAGGAUGAUGAUGAUGACAAAGCUCAUGGAUUCAAGUCGCUAACCACAUCAAGAAUUGUGCCUCGAUUUACAAGACCAGUAUCUGAUAUGAUUGACGGCUUAUGGAUGUCAUGUGAUCGGACACUAAUGCGGCAACCUACUUUGCGCCUUGGUGUUAUUAUCUAUUGGGCUAUACUACACGCUCUUCUUGCCACAUAUGUUGUUUAAAGAAGCUUGCAGUUCUGUUUUUAUUGCAUUCUGUAACUCCGUCCUUCACUGGAAGGAUCAUCAUUGUGCUCAGAUGGAAGCUGCAUCUGGAUUCGCAUUGAUUAUUUCCUCAAGCUUGUCUGUUUUAUAUGAGGUUCCUCAGCUUAGAUGUGGUGAAUUCAUUCAUUAUUUUGCUCCAUCAGUAAACUGUGGUUUCCCAUAUUUUACCGUAAAUCACAGAUUACUUGGUGUCAAUAACAGAGAGAAUAGCAUUUUUAGGGUAUAGUUUUAAAAUUCUCUCAGUGAACCCAAUUGAAGGUCAUAGGUUGUUUGCCUUGAUCAAGUAUUGUAUACAAUCAAGUAUUGUAGCAUGGAUUGUCCUUAAUUUUUGUUAGAUAUGGAGGUACAUGUGAUAUGUAGGUCAAGCGAGAGAACUUUUCCAUAGGUAAUAUAUACAGUCUUCCUUUGACAACAAAUGUUUAUAAGCAAUGUCAGUGACCAAGAUCUAUUCCUUUUGGGGACUUGCAUGAUUAAAGCUGGUCGGAUAUACAAGAAAUGUGUCAUUUAUGUAUUAUAUUAUUCCUUA